AUGAGAAUUGCAAGUAACUUCGCUUACAUUUCAAAGAAAAACAUCAAUUUAUUCAAAAGUGAGAGAGCUAGAAUUAUCCUAAAAAAGUAGCUAUAUGCUGAAGAUUAAGAAGAUAGAAAGAAGUGUCUGGAAAGUUAAUUGUAAAUUAUUGAAGAAUAAUCGAAAGUCUUUUUGCGGGAGACUUCAGGUGAAGAACUAGAUUCUGAUGAUCUAAAUGAGGAUUUAUAAAACAGCAAACUUUUAUAUAUCAGAAAGCCUAAUACGGCUAAUUUGAUAAAUUAAUAGCAUAUUUCAUUGAUUUCAGACGAUGGCUAGCCAUAAAUUUAAGAGAGAAAAGCUAAAUUUCACACAUAUUAAGCAAAAUAUAAUGGAUAUUUUGGUAUAAAAAGCUCUGAACUUGAGCAUCAUAACCAAAAUACUAUCAAUAGCAAUGUACUGCCAGAGGAAAGAAAAUUAGAGCCAAACUAGCAAAAAUUAAUGAAGUUAGAAUAGAUCAGGAAUUCAGAAUUAUAGCAGUACAAUUCAAAAAAACUGUUGAACCCAGUUUAAGAAGAUUAACAAACUAUAUAGCAAAAAAUAGGAAAGUUUUAUAUGUCUGUAUUCUAGAAAAAUAAAGUACCAGAUUAAAGUUGCCAAUCAGCAUUUAGUAGCUAAUAAAAGUUGACCCUUCCAAAUUUAAAAGUUAAAAAAUCAAAUUAAAAAUCAGAUAUCCCAAAGAAAUAUAAGGAAAAGGUUGAUUCUAAUAUUAUUCAUCUGAAUCUUCAAACAAUUAAAGACAUGAAAAAUUUGAAGAAUGGCAAACCAACUUAUUGUGACCAAUGCAAGGCAGCUAUAAACAGUUAUUGUGAGAUCUCAAAAGAUGUAAAUAAUUUUAGCUGGAAAUGCGCAUUUUUUAAUAAAAUUAAUGCUUCAAUAAUUGGUGAUUAAGUCUAAUAAAACAUGAUUACAACUUAUUGCAACGAUAGUCAAAGUAUAGAAGAAGUAAUUGGUAUUGCUGACUAAGAUGAAGAUAUUACUAUAAUCUUCUGCAUUGAUAUUUCUGGAAGUAUGGGUUCAUUUUGCCAUAACAUUAAUAAAACUAGACUUGAGGCAAUAAAAUCUGCUCUCAUUAAGCAAAUCUCAGAAAUGGCUCAUUAAUUCCCGAAGCGAAAAGUUGGAUUAGUAACUUUUUCAGGUGAUGUAAAGAUCUUAGGAAAUUUUCAAAGUGAUACAAUAACAAUCAAUAGAGAAGAUCUUAAUAAUCCCCAGAUAUUAAUUAAACAAGGAAUUCAAUCAUACUAAGUUUUGAUGAAUAAAUCUCUAGCAAGCAGCUAAAAAGACCUAAUAAAAGUAAUCCAAAGUAUGAAACCUACUAAACACACUGCUCUUGGUCCUGGACUUCUAUCUUCUAUUGCCUUAGCCUCAUAGGGUAAAAAAGGAUCUUAAGUCCUUCUUUGCACUGAUGGAGUCUCAACUCUUGGCCUUGGAAAUCUUACCGAUGACUACGAUGAAGCUUUGAAUUUCUAUCUAAGAGUUGCAAAAUUUGCUACAAAAAACGAUGUCACCACACAUAUUGUUACGUUUAAUUCAGAAGAAUGUGGAAUAGGAGCUCUAUUACCAGUAGUUGAGUAGACUGGCGGCACCAUAGAGAGAGUUAGUGGAGACAAUCUGAGUGAUAGUUUUAAGGAAAUCAUUUCCAGACCAAUUAUUGCAACUAAAGCUAAGAUCAGACUUCACUUAAAAGAAUGUUUUAAAUUCAAUAGAGAAGAAAAGAGAAAUUUAAGAAACGAAGAUUCAACUUACUAUAAGAUAAUGGGAAAUACAGAACUGACAUUUGAGUUUGGACUAAAACCAAUCAAUAGAUUAGCCUAACUGGAAAAUAUUAGUAUUGACAAAUUAAAAAAAGUACCUUUCUAAUUACAAAUUUAGUAUACAGGUCUUGACGGCAAAAAUUACAUCAAAAUUAUCACCAAUGCAGUUUCUAUUAGCAAUGAUAGAAAAUUAGUUGAAACUUAGGCAGAUGUUGACCUAUUGGCUUUAAAUUCUAUUCAGCAGAGUUCAAAACUAGCAAGAAAAGGUGACUAUAAGAAGGCUUAGAUACUCGCUAAGGCUUCCUACAAUUCUAUUGUAAAAACUGUCAAUUAAACACAUGAAUAUAAAAAACUAUCUCGAUAUCAGAGCUAGCUAACUCCAGUCUACAACAUAAUAAAAAAUCUAUCUAAAGUCACUCCUAAGAUGUCAGACUUAUCUUUACUAUCUAGGACUAAUGAUCAUAACUCUUAAUACCUUUACUAAGCUUCUAAACUUAAUUCAUCAAGUUACAUGUAUAAUAUUAAACCUAGAAACCUAUGA